AUGGCAAUCCGUCGUCCAGUCGUCCAGCCUUCCAGAAGAGUUCAAAAAUCAGGAAAUGCAGGCUUUGCCUCUCGGUUGGCCUCUCCGGAUGGGACGGUGGCUGGCAGACUGGGUCACCAAGAGCCAAGUUGGGCCAUUUUCAGGAGAUGUGCGACAGGGGCAGGCAUUAUGUCAAUACUUCGCAAUAAGAAAAGUAAACAAGAGACAUUAUGCAAUGCGAUACGACCGGUUUCUGGACCUGGACGAUGGGGAUGCGAUAUCGACGAUAGACAAUCGAUUAGCAAGCUCAGAGCUGCCCGUGGCUUCGUUCCAAUGCAAAUGAAGGGUUCAAGGGCCACGACAGAGGGGAGAGAGGGGAAAGAGUGGAAGACACGCUCGACACGGAGCACCGGGAGGAUCAAUCAAUAG